UAUAGGAAUGAACGAGCAUGGAGAUUUGAAAUUGCACGGAUUGCAAGGAAGCUCAGGUUAGGUUCGGGCACCUCCAAACGCACCCUUUUUAAAGCCACACGGACUGAGGCCUCGAGCUCCAAGCUCCACAAAACGGAGCUGGCCCGGCAGCGAGCGGCAGAGGCGCCGGGAGCCCGCACAGCGCGCCGAACCGGGCGGAGCGCCGAGCCGCGGGCACCGGCACCUCCAGGAUGAUAGGCGACAUCGCCACAAAUCUCUCCGCCCAGCCGCUCAGGGGGCUCCGAGGAAAACAGCAAGUUCGGGGAUCGGGGCGGGGAGCCCAGUGAGGCCGCCGCGCCGAGGGCUGCGGACAAACAUCUUGGAAAAUGUAUACAAAUCAUGAAGACGUUGGGUAUGAUUUUGAAGAUGACCCCAAAGAUAAGAAGACACUUAAACCCCACCCAAACAUUGAUGGCGGAUGGGCUUGGAUGAUGGUCCUUUCCUCUUUCUUUGUGCACAUCCUCAUCAUGGGCUCCCAGAUGGCCCUGGGAGUCCUCAACGUGGAGUGGCUUGAAGAAUUCCAUCAGAGCCGUGGCCUGACGGCAUGGGUCAGCUCCCUCAGCAUGGGCGUCACCUUGAUUGUGGGACCUUUCAUUGGCUUGUUCAUUAACACCUGUGGGUGCCGCCAGACCGCGAUCAUCGGAGGGCUGCUGAACUCCCUGGGCUGGGUGUUGAGUGCCUACGCCAGAAACGUGCAUUAUCUCUUCAUUACCUUCGGAGUGGCAGCCGGCUUUGGCAGCGGGAUGGCCUACUUGCCGGCCGUGGUCAUGGUGGGCAGGUACUUCCAGAAGAGGCGCGCGCUCGCCCAGGGCCUCAGCACCACCGGGACCGGGUUUGGCACAUUCCUCAUGACGGUUUUGCUCAAGUACCUGUGCGCAGAGUACGGAUGGCGGAAUGCCAUGUUCAUCCAAGGCGCGGUGUCCCUGAACCUGUGUGUUUGCGGGGCGCUCAUGAGGCCCCUCUCUCCUGGGACGGAUGGAGACGACCCAGAAGGGAAAGAGCCACGCGUCCUCCCGGCUCACUCCACCGAAUCUGUUAGGUCCAGUGGACAGCUGGGCGGAGCGGAAGAGAAGGGGGGCGGCCCCGGCACCGAGGACUCCCUCGGGGACACGCCAGUCCAGGCGUGCCACGAGAAGGCUGCACACAGAAAGGACGUGUGCGCCUUUCGGGUUCUGAAGACCGUGAGCCGGCUGACCGUGAGGGUCAGGAAGGGCUUCCGGGAUUGGUACUUGGGCUAUUUUGGGACAGCCUCGCUCUUUACUAAUCGGAUGUUUGUCGCCUUUAUUUUCUGGGCUCUGUUUGCAUACAGCAGCUUUGUCAUCCCUUUCAUUCACCUCCCAGAAAUAGUCAAUUUGUAUAAUUUAUCAGAGCAGAACGAUGUUUUCCCUCUGACUUCGAUCAUAGCGAUAGUUCAUAUCUUCGGAAAAGUGAUCCUCGGCGUCGUGGCCGACUUACCUUGCAUCAGCGUUUGGAAUGUCUUCCUGAUGACCAACUUCACCCUAGUCCUCAGCAUUUUUAUUCUGCCCUUGAUGCACACGUACGCUGGCCUGGCAGUCAUCUGUGCACUGAUAGGGUUUUCCAGCGGUUAUUUCUCCCUGAUGCCGGUGGUGACUGAAGACUUGGUGGGGACUGAGCACUUAGCCAACGCGUACGGCAUCAUCAUCUGUGCUAACGGCAUCUCUGCGUUGCUGGGACCACCUUUUGCAGGGUGGAUCUACGACAUCACACAAAAAUAUGAUUUUUCCUUCUAUAUAUGUGGUUUACUCUACAUGGUAGGAAUACUCUUUUUACUCAUUCAACCGUGUAUUCAAAUUAUAGAACAAUCCAGAAAAAAAUACAUGGAUGGUGCAAAUGCGUAGUGUCCUGUUAUGUUCCACGUAAGAUUUCCUUGUCAUACUCAUGCCUACCUCACUUGGUUGCUGUGAGGAGCUUGUGACAUAUCAUGGGAAAGCGCGUUGUCCCAUAACUGGCACAGUCGUUUGUAAACGCCACUGUCAUGGCUUCGUUUGAAAGCAGCACUGCCGGGCUUCCCUGGUGGCGCAGUGGUUGAGAGUCUGCCUGUCAAUGCAGGGCACACGGGUUCGAGCCCUGGUCUGGGAAGAUCCCACAUGCCGCGGAGCAACUCGGCCCGUGAGCCACAAUUACUGAGCCUGCGCGUCUGGAGCCUGUGCUCGGCAAUGAGAAGCCGCGAUAGUGAGAGGCCCGCGCACCGCGAUGAAGAGU